UCUGUUUCCCGCCAAAACUCUCGAAUCCCUAAAAUCACUUAUCACGCCUCGAUUCCAAUCGUUCUCAUCCGUACUGGGGAGAGUAGAGAUGGAUGCUAGACAAGUUGGUUCAUCUCUUGAUUCUCUGAUAUCUUCGUUUAACACUCGAAUCGCUGAGCUGCAAGAACUCGUGAUUGCAAGGAACAUGUACCCGGCGAGUAGUGUGACGGAUUUGUCGGCAAUUGAUGCGGCUUUGAAGGGCAUGGAGCUGCAGGUAAAGGCGAUCAAUGACCGGUUGCAUGAGGAAACCGAGGCCAUUCCCAAAGCCAAAAAACUGAUUGCCAAAUCGCUGCAGCAGCAAAAGAAAUUACAGAGUAUGUCCACUUAUGUACCCACCUCAUAUUUGCCUGGAAGGUCAACAACAUUGCCUGAAGGUUUGGUUUCAGAAGCCUUUAAACAGCAGCCUAACCAGGGAACUAUGGUUGAGGAGCCUGUGGCUUUGCCAAAGGAGAAGAAGAGCCGUGGCUCUCCACCAUUAUGGUACAUAACUGCAAGUGAACUGGAUUCAUUGUCCUCAUACAUGAGAGGAAGGCUCACUCUUGAGAAGGUCAAUGCAGCCAUUAGUGACAUGGCAACAUAUGCUGAGGCAAAUGCUCAGCUUGUUGCUGCUCCUAAAAAGAAGUUGGCAGAAAACCUGUGGGAGAGAGCCUUGGAACUGAGAGAUAUUGCAACGUCGGAUUCUGUAAAGGGGAAACACUUUUUCCUUGAAACUGACAUGAAAGGACCAUCAUUGAAGCUUGACAAUACUGGAAAAGCCAUUCUGACAGUCCUACGUCACCUUGGCCGCAUCAGUGAGACGCGGAUUGCACAUCAUCGAGUGAUCAUUCUUUUGAAACCUCAAUGAAUUGCCGAAUGUGGUUCAACUUUGAACUUGUUUAUAAUUUGGAGUUGUGAUAUAUAUAAACUUACAUAUGGGUUGAUUUCUUUUAUCCUCCAACAAGAAUUUGCCAAG